CGCUCUUUUCAUCUGUAGACCGCCCAUUGAACUUACCUGUCAACCAUGACGUAAUUUGUUUAUAUAUUUAUACAUGGUUUUUCACACAAACUUUACUUUAGGAGUAAGAAGCAACUAAUAUUUCCUCAUUUAUGUCAUAUCGAUUAAAUUAUGAAUCUACUUUUAUAAUUUUACAGUAUAUACAGCUGAACACACAAGGAACUAAAUUAGUCAGUUAAUAUGGAUAUAGUUUACAGACUGAUUUGUAGUUUAACAUUAGUGUUACAAUUUAUUAAAUAUGAAACCUUGGGAAACUUAGUUAUAAAUGCAGAUGAAACGAAUUAUUUAGUGAAAUAUGGUUAUAUACCUCCGGAAUCAUCUGGUAGUGCUGCCUACAGAACCGAGGAGUUUUAUAAAGACGCUGUCAGAAACUUUCAGAAAAUGGCUAAUCUACCUGUUACAGGUGUUCUUGACACAUCUACAAAGGAGAUGAUGAAGCGCCCAAGGUGUGGCGUGAAGGACGAUAUGCAAGGAACUUCUGAUAAUGCCAAGAGAAAGAAACGAUACGCUUUACAUGGAAGUAAAUGGUCAAAGCACUAUUUAACAUAUAAAAUUUCCAAAUAUGGUAAAAGGUUAAAGAAAGAGGAUGUCGACAGGGAAAUUCACAGAGCAUUUACAGUUUGGAGCGAAGUUUCACCUUUAACCUUUACUAGGAAACAAACCGGAGCAGUAGAUAUUGAUAUACGAUUUGAAAAAUACUGGCAUGGCGACAACAACCCAUUUGAUGGUCAAGGUCAAACAUUAGCUCAUGCUUUCUUCCCACAGUUCGGAGGAGAUGCCCAUUUUGAUGAUGACGAACCAUGGACUAUUAACCUUCCAGACGGUGUGGAUUUUUUUCAAGUUGCUACACACGAAUUCGGACAUUCCCUAGGACUGGCACAUUCCAACAUUUACAGUGCGUUAAUGGCUCCAUUUUAUAAAGGCCACACAAAAGAUUUCAAACUUGGAAGGGAUGAUGUAGCUGCCAUACAAGCAUUAUAUGGUUCACCAAAGAACACCCCAAAACCACCAACAACAACUACCACUACCACUACCACUACCACUACCACUACCACUACAACAAUGAAACCAUGGAAAACGUGGAAACCAUGGAAACCAAUGAAAGACCAAAACAUGAUGACUCCCAAACCACGGACACCAAAACCAACGACUGCAGACAGAAUUACUACUAAAAGUCCAGUUGUGAAAAUCCCACACAUAUGUAGACAUGCUUAUAUAGACGCCAUAACAAGACUGAAAAAUGGUGAAACGUAUAUCUUCAAAGGAAAACAUCAUUUUCGUUUAACGCGAUAUGGUAUCGACCGAGGUUUCCCAAGGAGGAUAUCAUGGGACUUCAAAGGUGUAGAGGGACCAAUAGAUUCCGCUAUCACUUGGGAUAAUGGAUAUACUUAUAUUUUUAAGGACGAUGUAUAUUGGAAGUUUGAGAACACUAAGAGAAUAUAUGGUCCUAAAAAGAUAUCUGUUGGGUUCAGUGGAGUGCCUGCUGGUAUCGAUGCUGCUGUAGUCUGGAGCGGUAAUGGUAAAACUUAUUUCUUCAAAGAUGGUUAUUACUGGAGAUACUCUGGGAGAAAGGUUGAGUACGGUUAUCCCCGACCAGUGUCUGUAUGGAGAGGUUUACCUAAGAAGAUAACUGCAGCUUUUAAGUGGGAGAAUGGGAGGACCUACUUUUUCAGUGGCGAGAAAUAUUAUAGAUAUAACGACCACCUUUUUACAGUUGACGCCACAUAUCCAAGAUCAGUUGCUACAUGGUGGCUAGGGUGUCCAAAUCAAGGUGAAAUGACAGACAUAAGAGACCCUUACACACAAAAUAAAAAAGGACAAUCAGAGAAAAAUAAUAAAGAUGAACAAUGGUUAAUUGUGGAAGAUGAUGGAACAACUUACAUGGACGGACAAAAUCAGAACAAUUCGGCUGUCAAAUAUAGUACUUCUUUAACUUUAAUUAUUAGCUUUUUGAUAGUUCUCUGCAAUAUUUAUUUGUGAUCAUGAAAUGAAAAUUUAUAAAAAAUUAUAAACGGGUACACAUUACAUUCCAUGUCGAACGAACCCAGUCUAAGGGAGAUAAAUCCAGCAUUAAUUUAUAGCUACAGGUCUGCUGUGAAAUAUUCCAAAGUUCCUCAUAUUAAUCAUUAGAAUGUUUGCUUUAGUUUUUGAUAUUUCUAUGUAGAGUGAGCGUGUGAACAAGCUAAAUGACAUUUGCAUGUGUAUUUAAGGCUUCAGGGUAUAUGUAAAGAACAUGUAUGACAAAUUAUCGUCGAGUCGGUGUUAAAAAUAUUUAAAUUUAACGUAAUAAUUUGUCUUGUUCUCCAAUAUUUGGGUUCCUUAUGUUAUUUCUAUAUUUCGUUUCGAUGAUAAAAAUAUCAUACAGGGAAUUUCCAUUUUAAAAGGCUUAUAAAAUGAACCUGGUUUACGUAUUUCAUUUAAAGUCUUUUGUUUUCCGGUGUAAUCUCUCUGUCUCUUAUUAUGGUUUGGUUACUUUUUGAAUGGUCCAUUUACCGUGUUUAUAGGAGCCUUGGAUCCUAGUCCAAUCUAUGCUAUGUCAGGUCUGAAGUUAAUGCUAUCCUGGUGCAGUGAGCAAGGAUCCCAGACUAUAGUGGACUAUGUUGUUCAUAUGUAUUUUAUUUCUUUGUAUUAAAGACAUCAGCCGGUUGUAGCAUUUUACUUAUCAGUAGUUGUUGGUUUUGACUUUGUUUGUAUAUAUAUUGAUGAAAUGGACUUAAUUAUAUUGUAGAUAAUGCUUGUUAUUUAUUUUGAGACAUUUAUACAAAAUGUAGGGAUUAUUUAAAAUCCCCUUAUUUAUCAAAAUUAACCACCAACUCAGAAAAUAGGAUAAUACCUGUUAGGAGAAAACUGUAUUGUGAAUGGUGUAUGAAAGUUAAUCUGACCACACCAACUAUAAUUAAUAGAGAAACCUUUCUUAUGGAUGGUUAUCUAAAGUGUAUGGAAGUUAAUCUGCCAAGUGCCUGACCAAUCUGACUAUAAUCCUUAAAUCUUUUUUUAUUCAUGAAUUGAAAUUUAUAGUGAAAUAUUUCUUUAUUGUUAUACCUUACACAUGUAUUUCCUUCAAAAUGAUAUAUUCAGAAUCCAUGGAAAAAGAUACAUUUUAGGAAUAUUAGACAUGUUUGUAUGUUGUUAGCAAGGAUUCCAUCGUUAUUACAUUUAUAUGUUAUGAUAACAUUUAUGAUUUGUUUGUAUUUAUGAUUACAUGUGGGAUUUUUAUAACAUUUAUAUACUGAGAUUACAUAUGUGACUUAUUCAUAUGUAAUGAUUACAUGUGUGCUUUGUUAAUGUUUUGAUUACAUAUGUGGUUUGGUUGUAUGUUAUGAUAUAUGUAAUUUGUUUGUAUGUUAUGAUAAGAUAUAUGAUUUGUGUGUAUGUAAUGAUUAUACAUGUGAAUUGUUUGUAUGUUAUGAUUACAUGUGUGCUUUGUUGUAUGUGAUUACAUAUGUGAUAUGUUUGUAUGUUAUCAUUACAUGUAUGAAAUGUUUGUAUGCUGUGAUUACAUAUGUGAUAUGUUUGUAUGUUACCAUUACAUGUAUGAAAUGUUUGUAUGCUGUGAUUACAUAUGUGAUAUGUUUGUAUGUUAUCAUUACAUGUAUGAAAUGUUUGUAUGCUGUGAUUACAUAUGUGAUAUGUUUGUAUGUUAUCAUUACAUGUAUGAAAUGUUUGUAUGCUGUGAUAACAUAUGUGAUAUGUUUGUAUGUUAUGAUUACAUAUGUGAUAUGUUUGUAUGUUAUCAUUUCAUAAGUGAUUAGUUUGUAUGUUAUCAUUAGAUAUGUGAUUUGUUUGUAUAUAUUGAUUACAUGUGAGAUUUGUUUGUAUGUUGUAAUUACAUGUGUGAUUUGUUUGAAUGUUCUAAAUACAUGUGUGAUUUGAAUUGUAUUUAGACAUUGUCAUUGCACGUGGCUAUUUGUUUUUGAUAUAUAUGAUUUAUUGAUAUUUUGAAUUUUAUUUUCUUAAAUUUGAUAUAACUGUUUUAUACAUCCUUUUUUUUAUAUGUAUGUAGUCAGAUAGAAAAUAUUAUGUUUAAUAAGUGCUAGGUAAGUUUGAUUAAUGUAAGUGAUUAAUGUAAGUGAAUCAAAAGAUGAAUGUACAUCAGUACAACAUGAAACAAUCAGUGUUUUUAGAAAUCAUUAAUUUUCCAAAAUUUAUAAUUAUGUGCCAUGAAAUUUGUAAAUAAAAUGUGUGAAUCAAUAGUACAACUGUACGGAUACUCCUCAUCUAUAUCAUACUAUUAAAUUUUCUACCUA